UCCCAUGACCAUAUCAUCGAAUACUACACAGAUUGGAAUCAAUUUGAUUAUAAUCGAUUCUUGGGUGCUAACGGAAUUCUCCGCCAACUUGUUCUUUACUUCAAAUUUUAGUCACCGUACCAUCUUCCUUCGUCCUCCAAACCGAUUUUCUUGCUAGGCUAGGGUUUUGCAGAGAUGGAUUGGGGAAACGUAACAGCUGAAGAUUUGAUCGACGCACUUCGUGAAGUGGAUUGGUCGUCGCCACCUCGCCCUCUCUCUGAAUUCUUCUCCAGAUUCACCGUACCUAAAUCCUACUCUAGAUGGAACAGCCGCCUCAAAUGCAAUCUCUACUAUUACCGGACCAACUACUUCAUGUUGAUUGUUUCUGUUCUCAUAUUGGGAUUUCUUUGGAGGCCAAUUGCUAUAGUAGCUGCAUUUCUUACAGCACUAAGUCUUGCUUUUCUAAAUGACAGCUUUGCUGCCACCUUCAGUGAGAAAGUAACACGGACAGUUCGGCAAUUUUCACCACAUUUGGCAGCCAAGAUGAGACCUCCUCAUACGCCUGUUAUUCGUGGACGUCCAUCAGCUAGGAGAGCGAUAUAUAUAUGUGGUCAACCUCGUUGGGUGUUUGUCCUGAUAUUUUCUUCUGCAAGCUUCUUCCUAUGGUUUGUUUCCUGCGGUCUCUUAACUGUUCUAUGGGCACUUGCUUUUGGUCUUCUUGCUACCAUCAUGCAUGCAAGCUUUAGAACACCUAACUUGAAAGCACGCCUGAACACAUUCCGUGAAGAAUUUCGUGCAGUGUGGCGCAAUUACAGUGAACUGUAGAGUGUGAAUGAUGUGUUCUGGACAUGUGAUGCUGCAUUUCAGUUGAAGCAUUUCUUUUCGCUGAGAACGAACUGUUUGGGAAAGGCUGCCAAUAAUUGCAGAUCAAAACAGAUUGUAAAGUGUCUAGAAUCUUCUUUUUUUUUUUUUUUUUUUUUUGUAAAGUAUAUCUUUUUCAUCUUCAAUCAUAUCAAGUGGAAGUAUUGUAACAUUUAUGCAUAUGUUAUUAGCUUGACAUGGUCACUGUAGUGGGGCAGGGUCUGACCUGGAGCUAUGAUUCUUGAUUGUUUUGAUCAUAUUAGAAAACGAGUGACAUGAUGAAUUUCUGUUUCUUUUUCUUUUUCUAAUAGGAAUCCAUAUUAUUCCCUCUUAUAA